UUCAUUCAGUCUCACAUUGUUGUUCAGAUGCACACAUACAUAUGCAUUUAUAUCAGCAAUGAAUCCUAAAGUUAUCCUUCCUGGAGUAUUCUUGGCCGUACUUUUCCUAAUGAGCAGUGUAAGUGAAGCACCGUAUGUUAAACUGACAAAUGUUGUUUGUGAAUCAAUAAACAAAUCCUGGGCGGUUUUUCAUUAUUGCCGGCUAAAGGCGUACUCGCGAAACAAGACCAGCUUGAAUAUAAAUGCAACAUUUCUGCAUCCAACUAACAAUGUAACCCUCAAGUUAAAGAUGAUGAAAAAAUUAAGUGGCUAUAAGCCAUUUCUGUUUGACGUCACAAUCGACGCCUGCCGGUUUUUGCGAAAACGACAUAAUCCCGUCAUCAAAAUGUUUUAUAGCUUUAUAAAGGAUUAUUCUACACUGAAUCACACAUGUCCUUAUGAGGGCUUGCAGAUGGUUAGCGAUUAUCACACCGCUGUAUUUCCAGUACCUUUGCCCACAGGAGACUAUGGAGUGCUACUGGAUUUCAUUUUCGAUGGUAAGAAGCAGUUCCACGUAAACAUUUACUUCACCUUUGUGGAGGAUUUUUGACCACAAGGUUCUUUAAACAAAAUAAUUCUUAAAUGUACAUAUUAAAGCUAAUAAUAUCAUAAUACAGUGAAUUAGAUGUUUUGUAAGUCAAAUAAAAAUCA